AUGGAGCGUGCCGGGUUUGACGCCUGGCAGCCUCUGGGCCUGCCGCCUGGCACAGGCCGGCAGGCGGUUCGCCUGAUCCUGCGCGACCCUGCGCGCCUGCACGCCUACGAGGCGGCGGGCGGCCUGAGCCUGGUACACAACGGCCAGGCGCAGCGCCCGCCGAAACCGCCGAUGCAGGCACGCCUAUCCACCGGCUGCUGGUGGCCUGCAGACCUGACGCGCCCGCGGCAGUGGCGCAGCUGGCGCCGCGACUGGCGCGCAAUGCCGACUGGUGCUGCUGCAGAACGGCCUGGGCAGCCAGGACGAAGUCGCCAGCCAGGUCCCCCACGCACGCUGCAUCUUCGCCUCCAGCACCGAGGGCGCGUUUCGCGAAGCCGACUGGCAGGUGCACUUUGCCGGGCAUGGCUUCAACUGGCUGGGCGACCGGCCAACCCGCUGCCGCCCGAUUGGCUCGACGACCUGACCGACGCCGGCAUCCCGCACCAGUGGACCCCGGACAUCCUCACCCGGCUAUGGCGCAAGCUGGCGCUCAACUGCGCCAUCAACCCACUGACCGUGCUGCAUGCGUGCCGCAACGGCGGCCUGGCCGAGCAUCACUGCGAGGUGGCCACGCUGUGCGCGGAGCUGGCCGAGCUGCUGCAGCACUGCGGCCAGUCCGAAGCCGCCACCGACCUGCAGGUCGAGGUCGAACGGGUCAUCCAGGCCACGGCGGCGAACUACUCUUCCAUGUACCAGGACGUGCGCCAGGGCCGACGCACCGAGAUCCACCUGCUCGGCCACGCCUGCCGCGUUGCCGCCCGCCACGGCCGCCAUCUGGCGCACCUUGAACGGCUGCACCGGCGCCUGGUCGAACACCUGAACGCACGCGGGUUGCCCAGCGACUGA